AUGCCUAAACAACACCUCCGCCGCGUCCCAGGACGCUCCAACCUCCGCUCCACACCCACAACCACUCCCACCACAACCACUCCAACCGCGCACAGCACCCCCUCCCUCCGCCGCAUCCCCAAAGACCCCAACCUCCGCUCCUCCUACACCAACACAGACAUACUCGUCCCCGCGCCCCUCCGCAUCCACAAAGCCACACCCACCUCUACCUCCGCCGCAGCGACCGCGAGAGUUUCGCGGGAAGAAGAAGCGAAGACGAAGGAGAUCGAGGACGAGAUGAUCAAGGGCAAGACGCAGGCGGCGAUACUGGAGGCGGGCGAGGAGACGGGGGUGGAGUGGUGGGUGCCGGAUGUUUGUUUUUAA